GACCCGAGUAAACGAUAUCGGGCCGAAUCGCUCCGAUAAGCGGUAGCGCCAACGUCAGCGCUCAAUCAGUCGACGAGCGAGCUGGGGAGCGGAGCCGAGAGCGGUUCGAUUAGCGACGUGGUGAAGUUUUAUUAUACUUUUGGCCAAAACAAAGGGGGACUGCGAAAACCAACGACUUAAGCCAGAAUGCCGAGCCAACAGAUUUGCUGGUGAGACACGGAAGACAUGGCCCAGCUAAAGAAUGUGGGCCAAGGUCAGCAGCAGGCCCUCCUCGUUGGCCCAAUGCUCGCCUCGGCCAUGCUGCUCAUGGGUCUGGUUUUCGCCCUGCUGGGGAUCAAGCUUUUCGGCUUCCGGCGGCGGCUGACUUUCGAUCGAUCGCAGGUGCAACAGCCACAGGCAAGCCAACAGCAACGACCGCCGCCACGUUACGCAGCUUUUGAAUCACAGGUUAAUGGUACCGAUACCGCCGUCCAUGGAGUCUUCCGACGUCGCAAUCUCGAGGAAUUCGAAAGCCGAUGGCCUUCGGCAUCAACAGCGACAGGAAACAGCUACAUUACUGGCAGUGUUCCGAAUCUGCAAUUAUAUGGGGCCAGUCCCAGGGACACAAGAGCCACGGAGGAAUCCCAAGUGACCUAUCGAGAAAAGUCACAGGCACAACGCCAACACCGGCUGGAGGUGCACAGUGAGCACUAUGAAUACUACACCGCUCCACCUACCCGACAGCCUCCUGCUCCUCCUGUAGAUUCGGCUAUACUAGCUGAAACUCCUUCGGAGGUUUCUUCAUCUAAAAUACCAAAAUCCUUGCCUGCUUUAUCUCCUUUGAUCACAAGAGAAGCUAUACCUGCAACUGCUCCUGUCGUUCCCGUUCCCGAGCCUCCCAGCGAACUUGGAAUGCCCAAUUUCGAUCACUUUGCUGAGAAAUACGAGCUGUUCAGUGUGAAACCAACGACGGAGGUCACGACGAGACCAACACAGCUGAGGAGCAAGAACAGUGGACGUUAUGUCAAGUUCGAGAGAGUGGAUGAUGUACCGGAAAUUCUCACUCCCGAGGAUCCGGUUUCGGAGCUACUCACUCCGGAUGAUGGCUUGGGAGGUGCCAUGUCAGUCACAGCUGUGGUGCACAGGGGAGCAAUACCCAAGGAAGAGCAGGAAGCGAAAGUGGAACCUCAAAGUCCAAGUGACCCCUUCGAGGAACCAAUCAAUGCAGACUCCGCUUUUGUGGUGGAAAUCAUAGCAGGAAGUCCUGAAGCUGAAGCUGCUCCUACUACAAAGCCCACCUCCCAAGGUGGCCUCUUUGAUGACUUAGAAUUACCGCAAGGUGAACACGACAGUGAUUUUGUGCGGAUUCGUUCGUCCUUCGUGAUGAACGAGGCGGAUAUCCUAGAUUUGGAUCCACUGCAGCUGCCGGCGGCCAGCAGUCCACCAGGAUUCGGAAAGAGCAUCGACGAGGACUGGGAGAACUUUGCUAACCUGGACGCCGUGUUGGCCGUACCAGAACCCAACUGGGCCCUGCAUCCAAAUAGCGUAGAGCAACUGCCCACGGUGGAGACGACGCUGAGUGAGGCUACCCUCGGACUGGACAAUGUGGAACAGGUGGAGGGUUUGUUCCAUCAAAUAGAGCUAAUAGAAGACAGCUUGGACAUCUUUGAACCGGAACCUCCAGUGCCCGUUGUGGAACCACCGCCCUACGAUCCCGGUCUGCCCUAUCUACCCGAUUACGAAUCCCUGAUGCAGCUGGAGAACGCGAAGGGCGGUCAGAACUUGCCCAAAUACACAGAGGUAAUGGAACAAAGAUCCAAGAAAGCCAAUUAUGUGAGUAGCAUAGAGGAUCUGUAUGCGGAACUGGAGAGAAAUGAAAUGAACCAGACCAAUGACAUCCAUAAUUUUGAGGACUUGUGCCAAGAAAUGGCCGUGGUGGUGCCAUCCGAGCGUCAAGCUCCUCAGCCCGCGCCAAGAUCCACAAAGUUAGCCACCCUAAAUGUUCGAGGUGAUGCCCCUCCCCUGGCGUGCUAUCAACCUGAAGAGCUGCCCAGCUCCAGUUCCAGUGAUACCGAGGGGGAGGAUGGAGCCCGGUCCGGGCCACCACAGCCUGCCAAACGCGAUCCAAAAUCGCUGAAAGUCCGCUUCGAUGUGGAGAACCUGCAGUACUACCAGUCCGCCGAGGUGGUAACCUCAAGUGAGGAGUCCGACGAGGACGAUGAGCCGAUGCCUCAGCCGACUCCCAUGCAGCGAUCCGUCAUUUUCGAGCCGAGAGACAAUGGAGUGCCCAGCCUUUUCGGAUCCCAGGUCUCCCAGGAAGACAGUGAUGACGAUGAUGGCUUUGGACGCGCCAUCAGCCAGCAUCGCUCCAUGACUGCGGCUCUAAGGACAAACGCUGUUAGGAGUGAUAGCGACGCCUAAUCUGGAGACCGCCAACUGCCGCCAACUUCCUGACUUCCUUAGCAAAUACAGUAUUCUAUGUGUUAAUUUCGGCCCGAAUGGCUAUGACCUAUUUAUGUACAUACAAUUCGCUGAUAAGUUGCCAUAUAAUGUUGACUAUAUAUAAUAAUAAAAGUAUAGCAUGAAAGCCAUUGGA